CGACGUCACCACCAUUCACCAUUUGACAUCUACCAUGGCGUCUUCGAGCACCUCGACUCCACUCCAGAACAUAUACUAUGAGAGGAAAGUUGCAACGGCUCGUCCGUGCUAUAUCUGUAAACGGCCGACGGAAACUGUUCUGGCAACGUUGAAGACGGAAGACUUUCUGUACACAUGUGAUGGUCAUCUAUCGGAUCCAGGUUUCGCUUCUCCCAUCGCUCCUCCUCCUUCUAACUCUGGCCCCUCACCCGAAGACAUACGCAAAGUCAUUGCAGACUACCACGCUCGAGAAGCGAAGAAGGCAUCUCCGACAGAGAAAGACGCAAAGGAGAGCCCGCAAGGAUCAAAGAACGACACUGAGGGGAAAGACAAGUCGAAGUCCGUCAAUCCGGGUGCAGAAAAGAGUCCAGCUCACAGUGUGGACUUGAGCAACAUGUCGAAUCUACCCGUAUCGACAGCAUCGCCCCCGUCCACACAUCGAAAAUACGCUCUACAUAGGCAGAUCUUCGAUAUGAGGAGGGCAGAGAUUAAACGGAAAGAACAGGGUGUCAAGGCAAAGGAGGUCUCCAAAGGUCUACCUCAAGUUCCAAGAGGCGCUUUCUAGCGUCUUUGAACUAUUCCAGAAAAAUGCGGGAUCUUUCUGGUCUAGAACUCGAGUCCACCAAUGUCAUCCGACUCCAGACGUCUGUACAUGACUUCAGCCUGCUCGCCAGGACAGAGUGUGCAGGCACAGAGCCAUUCAACAAAGAUGGUGACAUUGCCCUGGCGAUGUCAUGUCGGCAGCCCUACGCACAAGCUGCAGUUCGGGUCAAAGUCUAGUCCCUGUAGAUCUCGCUCGUCAACCACCAAUCAGUCCUACUCUCUAUGUGUUCUCCCUGUUCUCAUAGACUUGUCUCGUGGCCCCCGACAAGCAUGCAAGCAGUGAGAUUCCAAAGAUGCAGCAACCGGUAGUCUUCUUAUUGCGCCCUCGUUCCGAGAUCCGCUCGUGAUUAUCCCCAGGUG